ACAAUUGAUGUAAUGUCUUGUUUAUUUACUUUUUUGUUAUUAUAUUAUUAAUCGGAGUUUUUUAUUAAAAUUUUCUAAUUAAUUCUCGCGAUAAUGGCUGACGAUGACUAUUGGAAUACUAGUGAAACUAAAACUAAAGCCUUUAGCUUUGACGAUGAUGUGUUAACUCCUCAAGAAAUCCUCGCUAUCGGUCAAAAGUCUUACCCAGGACAAUCGGAGAAUGUGUUCACUUCAACUGUUAGUAAUACUAAGACAACACUUUUACCACUGUCAAGUUUGGUUUCAUCGAAAGUUUUGGAUUUAAUUCUGUUAGCACAAUCUGGUAAAGAUCCGAAAGAUAAACCUGAACCAGAACAAACAGUGGCGGUGACAUUAAAGAGAUUAAUCCUGGGUCGAAGCUUCCUACUGCAUACCCACCGCAGCCUGAAAAGUAAAACUGAGUUACUGGAUGGGGCCGUAGCGAUUGGUGAUGGCAAUGCUAUUUUAACUGUGGUUCUCUUCUUAAUUCAAACGCUGAAUAAGAAGCUAGUAUAUGAGUUGCUAUCAUCACGGCCGUUAGCGUUGAAUCAUUAUAUCAGUUUCCUCCAAACAGAAGGAAAAAUCACAGACCUCACCGAUUUACUUACCAUGCUCGGAAGAAGCCCAGAAGCCGCGGUUUAUCAAUUCCAACAUAUAGUGAAUACGCAAGGGAACAGCGUCGAAGGAUUGUUGAGGAAACUAAAUAAUUUGUUAUCGAAUCAUUUCAAUCAACCCGGAGUUGACACUCAUCAGACUAAAAUGGUCACAGACUAUGUUAAAUUGUUAGAAUGGCAGAAAUGCGCUAACAAAACGGAACUGAACAACAAGUCAACCUUACAUUGCUUGUCGUAUUGUUGUACUCAUCAUUGGAACGAGGGGGCGGGGAAUAUGAUGUCACCGCUCACGCUUUGCCAACGACAACAGGUGACGCCAUUACAGUACGACUGGGUGGUUUUAAACGUUCACGCGAACUCGAACAAAUGGGACAUCGUCGAGUCUCUUUUCACGAAAAAAGACUGGCUCGGUCGUACAACGGUUUCGUCUCACAUACCGAUGGAGACGCUCCUAUCGAGACUGAGCGAACUGUCCGCCAGCAAGCAAAUGUUGGCAACUUGCCUCAACAAGAUACAGAAUUCAGAGGAUCGACUAAGAUUAGCGCAAAAAUAUAAGGUACAUUCCGUCGUGAUCGAAUCACUCGCAAAACAGAAGGACAGGUCGACUCUUACGAAUUACAAGAUGACCUUGAAUCCUCAGUCAGAGGAGUACAUCCUGGCCGAUAACACGCUCAGGGAUGCGUCGAUAAAGUGGAAAAAUUGAAAAUAAUCUCGAUCCUCGGUAGAAGAAUUGUGGUAUUUGGUCUAACUAAAGUUAUAUGUCAAACUUACAACGCUUAUAUAGUGGUUUAUUAAACUUUGAAUAUCUUGACCAACUUAAAGUAAAAUAUAGCUCGAUGUGGUUUUUUUUUUUCAAGCGAUAGUCCAAUUCGAAUUUAAUUGAUAAUUUAUGGCGCGUCGAAGAUCACCUGUAUAUUAAAUUAAAGUACAGUAUUACUAUGAAAUAAUAAUUAAGAGCGUUUAUGACGAAAUAGUCGUUUUCAUAACAUUAUUUUAAAGGCAUUGUGAGCUAAAUAUUUUUCAGUUACAUAAACAUAGAAUCAUUUACAAAAUCAUAGUCUCUUAUUAAUAGAAUCUAUUGACAAAAAAUCGUUACUGAUAUAUAUAUAUUUAUAUAUAAGCGCUCUUAAUAACCGCGUAACUCUCGAGUGAGGAGUUUAAUCUUGGUUCAGUCCAAUCAAAGGAAGCGCUUCAUUGUUUGUUCUGUAUCGCCUCGCUGCACUCUAGAGUGAGACGAAGAUGUUAUUCUGUUCUUAUCACUCCCUUAAUUAAUUGAGAUUAAUUAGAUAAUACUCCAUUCUUUGCAUUCAAAUGCAACAAAUAUUAUAUAUUAUCUAAUCUGUUCGCAAUAAAAGAUGUAAUCGUUUUAAUUAUAAUCAGUUGAAGUUAUUAUGAAU